GCGCUCUUAACACCUGAUUGUCAACAGGGCAGAAAUGUCUGUGGUUAGCGUGGAAGACAGGCGCUCAACGAUGGACAGCGAAGCGAAAACUUCCUCUGUAUCGAACAGUGGAGGUGGUGAGGGAUCACUUGACCGUCUCCUCCCCUCGGUAAGCACAGGCCUCUCGCCCAGGAAAAGGACAACCAGCCAGUGUAAGUCAGAGCCUCCUCUGCUACGCACCUCCAAACGAACGAUCUACACUGCUGGUCGCCCACCCUGGUACAACGAGCAUGGCACACAGUCCAAAGAGGCAUUUGUCAUUGGCCUGUGUGGUGGCAGCGCUUCAGGAAAGACAACUGUAGCAAGGAAAAUCAUAGAAGCUUUAGAUGUACCCUGGGUUGUACUACUCUCAAUGGACUCUUUUUACAAGGUCCUAUCCCCAGAGCAGCAGGCAAUGGCUGCCAGUAACGACUAUAACUUUGACCACCCAGAUGCCUUUGACUUUGAUUUGCUGACACACACCUUGCGCAAACUCAAACAGGGCAAGAGCGUGAAAAUCCCUGUGUAUGACUUUACAACUCACGGGAGACAAAAGGACUGGAAAACAGUUUAUGGAGCCAGUGUUAUCAUCUUUGAGGGAAUCAUGGCCUUUGCAGAUAAAGAACUGUUGCAGUUGCUGGACAUGAAGAUCUUUGUGGACACAGACUCUGACAUCCGCCUGGUGCGCCGAUUGAGGAGGGACAUUACAGAAAGGGGCCGAGAUAUCGAAGGGGUCAUCAAGCAGUAUAACAAGUUUGUUAAGCCAGCUUUUGAACAAUACAUUGAGCCUACCAUGAGCUUCCUUCCAAGAGGUGGUGGCAACAUGGUGGCAAUCGAUUUGAUCGUACAGCAUGUUCACAGUCAGUUGGAGGAGCGGGAACUCAGCGUCAGGGCAGCCCUGGCUUCUGCACACCAGGCCCAACCCCUCCCCCAGACCCUCAGCGUUCUGGAGAGCACACCUCAAGUCAGGGGCAUGCACACCAUCAUCAGAAACAAGGAGACCAGUCGCGAUGAGUUCAUCUUUUACUCUAAGAGGUUGAUGCGGCUGUUGAUUGAACGAGCCCUCUCCUUCCUCCCCUCACAGGUCCACAUAGUGCAGACCCCCCAGGGAGAGGAUUACGAAGGCAAGACUUUCCACGGAAAGAGGAUCACAGGGGUGUCCAUCCUGAGAGCCGGGGAGACCAUGGAGCCGGCUCUGAGGGCCGUCUGCAAAGACGUCCGCAUCGGCAAGAUCCUCAUCCAGACCAACCAGGACACGGGAGAGCCAGAGCUCCAUUAUCUUCGUCUACCGAAAGACAUCAGUGAGGACCACGUGAUUCUAAUGGACUGCACCGUGUCCACUGGAGCUGCUGCCAUGAUGGCCGUGCGAGUCCUGCUGGAUCAUGAUGUUCAAGAGGACAAGAUCCUGCUGGUUUCUUUGCUCAUGGCUGAAAUGGGAGUCCAUUCUGUGGCUUACGCGUUCCCGCAGGUCAAAAUCAUCACCACGGCUGUCGACAAGAAAGUCAACGAUCUCUUUCACAUCAUACCUGGAAUAGGAAACUUUGGAGAUCGUUAUUUUGGAACAGACGCACCGCCUGACUGGAGUGAUGAAGACAUGGAUGAGCCCAGUUACUAAAUCAAUUGCUGUCAGUUGACUUACUUUUUGAGCGAGUCGGGGCUGUGCUCCUGGACGAUAUGAAGACAUACCAUUUGCCUCGUAUGGCUGCUGUUGAAAAAAAAAGACUAAAGAGAAGAAAAAUAUUGCUUAUUUGAAGUAACUUUGUAUCAGUUUGUUUUUUUAAAAUAAUAUUAUUUAAUUUUGUGUUAAAUAUAUUUUUAUUUGUACAGAAUGUAAUAAGGUCGAAGUGUUUUAGCACUUAAAUUGUGACAAUCUCUAUCGACUUCUACAGAAAUGUUCUGAAAAGAUUAUUCUAGCCUUAAACCAUGUACUGUGGACGACACAACUGAAUGUGAAAUUGCAUGUGACAUAAAAGGAAAAGAAAGAAAAAAAGAAGUAAACUUUUUAAGGUUAUUUUUUACCACGCACCUUCCUCACAACUUUCACAAAAGUAAAAUCAGAACAUGAACUCAUGUUGCUCAACUUCCAGCGCCAUGAGCACUUUCUGAAGGACCAUUCAAUCGGAAAAUGUGUAGGUGUAUGGUUUUUUUUUUGUCUCUUUUUUUUUUUUUAGCUCACUGGUUCACUCUUUUCCUUCUCUGUGGAUGCUGACCUAACCAGUUGAAAAGGAUGUUGAAAAGCAUUUUUCAUUAUACGGCUUUAAGUGCGUACUUGUGGUGCGUAUUUAUGCAGAAUGUCGCUCAUUUGCAUAUUUUUUUACUAUGGAUAGUCCUGACCAGUCAGCGGGCAACUCGUACGUCUUUUUGUUGCAGUGAAAAUGGGUCACCUUCAUUUAUGUGAAGUGUUUAUUUUAGUCUCUCAGAUCCCAAUUUAUCCCUCCAUAUUUUUUUUUCUGCAGCGCAUCAGAUUGUUUGUUCAAAAACGGCUUUUGUGGACAUAUGAAAUCAAAAUAUCCAAAGGUCACAAAGAGUCCUGAUAGUGCCUGAUCUUUAAACUGUCACGCUAAUAAUGAAUGAGAUCUGUUAAUGCCGUUGCCUGUUUAACAUUUCCUUACUGUUUGCUGAAUAUGAUUUAGUUUGCCAAACUCGAGGCGCUUAGCUUCAUCCUUGCGGGUAUACGAGUCCGGGAUAUUUGAGGAAAGUUGUCUAUAAACUUCUGAUAUUAUAAACCGGGCCAUAAUUACCAUUACACAGUGUUCAAUUUAACAACAUUUUCUAUUUUUUCACAGUGAGUUAUUUGCUUUUUUGAGGAAAGGAAUCAUAAAACAACAAUGGAAAAAACAAAAACAUUGCACUGAAACUGUAAAUCUGUUCUGUCACGUACGCAGCAAGUUCACUUUUAAAUAUUAAUUGUGUGUUACUGUAUUUUAAAUGUGUGCUGCUGAAUUCAGCUGCUCUGUACGGGAAUGAACCGAUUGUGUUAUGUAGCCUCAUUGGUUGAGAGCUCUUUUGGGUUGUACUCAUCUGCAUGUUUUGAUUUUAUUUCUUUUUGGGGCUUUGUUUUGUUUUGUUUUGCUUUUUUUACAUAUUGAAUAAAAGUGCAAUACAACUUUUAAA